CCUCCCGGGUCCUUCCUGCCCUGAGCCGCUGCGCCAGCCUCCUCUCACCAACCGACCACCGGCGGAAAAACCGUUAAAUCAACCGGAAAUCUUCGUCCUACCGAGCGGGUCGCGGUCGGUAUGAUGGGCGGGAAGAGCAGCGCGCUGGCCGCGGGGGUUUGCGGGGCUCUGCUCGUCGGUUACUGCAUCUACUUCGACCGGAAGAGACGGAGUGACCCCAACUUCAAGAACAGGCUGCGAGAACGGAGGAGGAAGCAGAAGGCGGCCAAAGAGCGAGCCGGCAUGGCAAAGCUCCCGGACCUGAAGGACGCUGAAGCGGUGCAGAAGUUCUUCCUGGAGGAGAUCCAGCUGGGGGAGGAGCUGCUGGCUCAGGGAGACUAUGAGAAAGGCGUGGACCACCUGACCAACGCCAUCGCGGUGUGCGGUCAGCCUCAGCAGCUGCUGCAGGUGCUGCAGCAGACGCUGCCGCCGCCCGUCUUCCAGAUGCUGCUCACCAAACUGCCCAGCAUCAGCCAGCGCAUCGUGAGCGCACAGAGUCUGAGCGAGGACGAUAUAGAAUGAGAGGAUGAAGAGGAAACGACCCCCCCACCCUCUUCCUCACGUGGACUUCCUCCUCCCGUUAACGACCUGCCAACGCCUCGGCCUCCAUCGCUCCGGCCGACGUCCAUCACCUCCCAUCAAGGCGUCCAAAAGGGAACUUUGUGUUCCUGGUUUAUCCAUGACAGUAGUGUUUGUUUUUUUUACUCAACUUACCCGUUCUGGGGGUAUCACCGAGGAUCAGCCCGCCACCAGGUACCGGGUGAACACAUUAAUCGGCUCCUACCGUCGGGGCGGCGUUAGCUCACACCCCGACAGCGUCACGGUUUACACUGUUUGUACCGACCGCCUCCGUGGUUACCGUGGUUACCGUGAUAUCAGUAGAAAGUUACCGGAUGCUUCAUACAGUAUUUAUUGUUUUCUGUUCGGUCUAGACUUUGGAAACACUUUUUAAAAAGUGAUGAAAUGUUCUCAGUCCAUUUCAAAGAGGAAACGUCCUCUUUAGGAAAAAUAAAAAAACGUGAACAAA